AACGUGUUCCAGAGGUACGAAUAUAAAAAGAAAUGUUUAAUUUUCCAAGGGAAUCAGUUAAUUGUGAGUGUACCAGUUGAUAAAAUCCCUCCAGAAAAACCUGUCGUGGCCCAUUUAACCAGAAAAAAAUGAAGACCAAUUGUGUGGUGAUUUUGUUAGUUUUGGGAUCCUUUUUGGUGGCCGGUCAAAAAGUUGAUCCUCGGGAGGCUAAAUGCCUGAUUUGCAAAGCCACCUUGACGGAGAUGGACAAAGCAAUCAGCAAAGUAGAUCCCAGGAAAAAGGCCGAGGUUGGUAACUUUAGGAUAGAUGAAACAGGAGAUGCAGGAGACAAGAAGGUGAUCCCUCUUGUAAAAUCAGAGAUGUACUUAACUGAGCUGAUGGAGGAGAUCUGUGAAAGCAUGGAUGAUUAUGCCAAGGCUAGAUUUAAGAAAGACGGCAAAUUCACAAUCCUUAAGUUCGUCACGGAAGAAGGGAUGAAUCCUCUGGUUAGUGAAGUCGAUUUUGUUCAGGAUGGAGAUCUCAACAAGAGCUUAAAGCACUACUGUCUAGAAGUUCUGGAGGACUAUGAAGUGGAGAUCCUGAAGCUGUACAUGGCUGAUGAACCAGUGCAGGAUGCAGAUUACAAAGUUUGUACGCACGCAGCUAAAUACUGCGAUGAUCCAGCGCCCCAGGAAGAAUAUACCCUAGAAGAGGACGAAGCGCGAGAAGAGCUAUGAGCAUUCCACAAGUGCCCAGUUUCUUAAAAAGAAUGAGUGUUUUUUUUUGUAUAUAAUUCAACAAUAAAUCUGUUCACAAGAGAGACAUGUAAAAA